AUGUCAUUAGCGGAAUUUGAUGAAAUUAAGUAUGACCACUCUGCUGAGAGAUUGGAUAAACCUUCAUUGUAUCUUUUGAAGAAGGCUAGAAAAAACCGUGCUAAUGGUUUGGAGCAACUGCGUGAGUCAACAAAAUCAGGUACUAUUUACGUUGGUAAUCUAUCCUUUUACACUUCAGAAGAACAAAUUUAUGAAUUAUUUUCUAAAUGUGGGUUUAUAAAAAGAAUUAUUAUGGGUCUAGAUAGGUUUAAAUUUACUCCAUGUGGGUUCUGUUUUGUUAUAUUUAAUACUCCAGAAGAGGCUCUAAAUGCUGUGAAGUAUUUAGGUGACACUAAACUGGACGACAGAGUUAUCACGAUUGAUUUAGAUCCUGGUUUUGAAGAUGGAAGACAGUUUGGUAGAGGCAAGAGUGGUGGCCAAGUUAGUGAUGAAUUGAAAUUCGAAUUCGAUGCGUCUAGAGGUGGGUUUGCUAUUCCACUGGCUAAUCGUAUCGGUAAUAAUAAUGAGGUAGCUAAUAACUUCGGUCAAAACAAAUUUAAUCAACACAACCAUUCACACCACGGUAGAAACUUUAACGGCGGAAGAAGAAAUAGAUUUGGAUCACAUCAACAUAUCCCCUCUCAAAAACAACAACACAUGCAAAGCGAAGGUGCUGAUCAAGAUAUGUUCCCACAAUCUUUCCCAGAUAAUAACGAAAACCAAGAUGACGCUUACAGUAAUCUGCAAAACAGCGAUGAUAACGUUAACAUGGGUGUAGAAGAUACAUACAUACCUGAAUAA